CUCUUCUGUAGGAUAUUUCUCUGGCGCGCGCGCUCACACUAACCUUGGCUCGACGUCAGAGGCUGUGCAGCAGUGCAGUAUAAUGUGAGAGUAGGCAACAUAAAGUGCCUCAUAGGCUGCUAUUGCGAUUCAGCUCUGCUUGGCGCUCUCCGCUGCUCCCCUACCAACGCUCUUCACGUGUGGGUAUCCGGCUGCCCGUGUCUCACCUCCGCUAGGCACCGGCCCAUGUAUGGGCCCCCACCGGUUUGUAACGCCCGUCAUGGAUGUCCCGCCGUCUCUUGAACUGGAGGAUCGUUUCUUGGCGCAGUGAAGUAGGGAAUCAUGCCGGGACUGCUAAUGGAUUUAGGGGAAGCGCGAGUGACCAUGCCGUGAUCCUGCGCGUGGGCUGCCAUCACCCUGCCGAAAGACCGUAGACCGAAUUCCGGGCGAAUCAAAAGCGUACGGGGGAUCACCACUGUGCAUUUUACAAACAACAUGAAGAUUACCUCCCCGCUGAUAACUAGUCUCGUUUUCAGGUUCAACCUCAGACUGCUGCUCCCGCUUCUGAUGCUGUUUCUGGGAUACUCUCGCGGGAUGCCGCACGUUUUAAGAUAUGGAGGAAUAUUUGAAUCCAUCGAAAGCGGCCCAUCAGGAGCAGAGGAACUCGCCUUUAAAUUUGCCUUGAACACAAUCAACAGGAACCGCACCCUGCUGCCCAACACCACACUCACAUAUGACAUCCAGAGAAUAAACAUCUUUGACAGCUUCGAGGCCUCCAGAAAAGCCUGUGACCAGCUCUCCCUGGGAGUGGCAGCCAUCUUUGGCCCCUCCCACAGCUCGUCGGCCAACGCAGUCCAGUCCAUUUGUAAUGCCCUGGGGGUGCCCCACAUCCAGACCAAGUGGAAGCACCAGGUAUCAGACAACAGGGACUCUUACUACAUCAGCCUCUACCCAGACUUCCAGUCCCUCAGCCGGGCAAUCCUGGACCUGGUGCACUUCUUCAAAUGGAGGACGGUCACUGUGGUCUAUGAUGACAGCACAGGUCUUAUUCGGUUGCAGGAGCUGAUCAAGGCGCCAUCCCGAUACAACAUUCGUUUGAAGAUCCGACAGUUGCCGGCGGAGACCAAGGAUGCCAAGCCACUUCUGAAAGAGAUGAAGAAAGCAAAGGAGUUCCACGUGAUCUUUGACUGCGGCCAUGAAAUGGCUGCCUGGAUCCUGAAACAGGCUCUAGCCAUGGGAAUGAUGACCGAGUACUACCACUACAUCUUCACCACCCUGGACCUUUUCGCCCUGGAUAUGGAGCCGUAUCGGUACAGCGGAGUCAACAUGACGGGUUUCCGGAUCCUAAACACGGAAAACUCUCAGGUGUCGUCCAUCAUCGAGAAAUGGUCCAUGGAACGCCUACAAGCCCCGCCCAAACCGGACUCGGGCCUACUGGAAGGAUUCAUGACGACGGACGCAGCGCUGAUGUUCGACGCGGUGCACGUUGUGGCUGUGGCGGUGCAGCAGUCGCAGCAGAUCACCGUCAGCUCGCUGCAGUGCAACCGCCACAAACCCUGGCGCUUCGGGGGGCGUUUCAUCAGCCUCAUCAAAGAGGCCCAUUGGGAUGGCUUGACUGGACGAAUCCUCUUCAACAGAACCAACGGACUGAGGACAGACUUCGACCUGGACGUGAUCAGUCUUAAGGAGGACGGACUGGAAAAGAUAGGAACGUGGGACCCUCCCAGUGGCCUGAACAUGACGGACAACCACAAGAGCAAGACAACCAACAUCACAGACUCUCUGGCUAACAAAUCCCUCCGUGUCUCCACCAUACUGGUGGAGCCCUACGUGAUGUUCAAGAAGUCAGACAAGCCGCUGUACGGCAACGACCGCUUCGAAGGCUACUGCAUCGACCUUCUCCGCGAGCUCUCAGCGAUCCUGGGCUUCCGCUAUGAGGUGCGCCUGGUGGAGGACGGGAAGUACGGGGCGCUGGAGGAGAGCACGAGCCAGUGGAACGGCAUGGUCAGGGAGCUCAUGGACCAUAAAGCAGACCUAGCAGUGGCUCCGUUGGCCAUCACCUACGUGAGGGAGAAGGUCAUCGACUUUUCCAAGCCCUUCAUGACCCUGGGGAUAAGUAUCCUCUACCGCAAGCCCAACGGAACCAACCCGGGCGUCUUCUCCUUCCUCAACCCCCUCUCACCCGAUAUCUGGAUGUAUAUUCUGCUGGCUUACUUGGGUGUCAGUUGUGUGCUGUUUGUCAUAGCCAGGUUCAGCCCGUACGAGUGGUACAACCCCCAUCCGUGCAACCCAGACUCGGACGUGGUGGAAAACAAUUUUACACUGCUCAAUAGUUUCUGGUUCGGCGUCGGGGCUCUCAUGCAGCAAGGCUCAGAGCUCAUGCCCAAGGCCCUGUCCACCAGGAUUGUGGGAGGCAUCUGGUGGUUCUUCACCCUGAUCAUCAUCUCCUCCUACACGGCCAACCUGGCUGCCUUCCUCACCGUGGAGCGCAUGGAGUCGCCCAUCGACUCAGCAGACGACCUGGCCAAACAGACCAAGAUCCUGUACGGAGUGGUGGAGGACGGAUCAACCAUGACCUUCUUUAAGAAGACUAAGAUCUCCACCUACGAUAAGAUGUGGGAGUUCAUGAACAGCCGGCGAUCGUCAGUGAUGGUGAAAGACAUAGACGCAGGAAUCCAGCGCGUGCUCACCUCAGACUACGCCUUCCUCAUGGAGUCCACCACCAUCGAGUUCGUCACCCAGCGCAACUGCAACCUCACCCAGAUAGGAGGCCUCAUCGACUCCAAGGCCUACGGCGUGGGGACACCCAUGGGCUCUCCGUACCGGGACAAGAUCACCAUAGCGAUCCUGCAACUGCAGGAAGAAGGGAAGUUGCACAUGAUGAAGGAGAAGUGGUGGAGGGGGAACGGUUGUCCGGAGGAUGAGAAAAAUAAGGAGGCUAGCGCUCUGGGGGUGCAGAACAUCGGGGGUAUCUUCAUCGUGCUGGCUGCGGGGCUGGUGCUGUCUGUGUUUGUGGCCGUCGGGGAGGUCCUGUACAAGUCUAAACAGAACGCAGAACUGGAGAAGCGCUCCUUCUGUAGUGUCAUGGUGGAUGAGUUGCGUGGUUCCCUGAAGUGCCAGCGGCGCCUCAAACAGAAGCCUCAGCCGCCGGUCAUUGUUAAGACCGAGGAGGUCAUCAACAUGCAUACGUUGAAUGACAGGAGACUGCCGGGCAAGGAGACCAUGGCGUGAUGGGGGUCAAAAGGUCAAGAGAAGGUCAAAAACACCCGUCACGGUCAAAUACACAGCCAGAGGAUCUGGAGGGGUUGAAUGAAUGUUGACGCAAUGUUAACGUAACCCGAAACUAUAUUGCAUUUGCCCCCAGCUUUUUUAGUAUAGUAGAGAUGUUUCCUGUGGAAAUGUAGACUGUCACCUCACUGUGACCGACGCUUUGUGAAAGAGACUUUUUGGAGGAUUGUGGGUACAAGUUAAAGAAUUGUGAGGUGGAUGGAUCUUUGAGAUGGAUCUCAAUGGGGAUUAAAAGGGAAGAACUCAAAAUGCAGGUCUGUUGAGACUGUCUUCUCAGUCAGUGACUCAACACACACACACACACACACACAGAAACACACCUGAGCAUCACACUACACCUUGAGACCAUAACAUCCCAAGAAAUGAGUUGUUGUUUUUCUGUUGAUGUCAUUUACACUAUUGUCAAAUCUGUGUGUGUGUCCAGUCGAUCAAAAUGGAUCUCACUACAGGUGAUAAUGAUACGGAAUGUUACAAAGUGCCAAAUGUUGAAUAAGAACUGUAUAAAGUAAAUAGAGAGGAUAGCCAGUUUCUAAAAUAUGUAUUUAUUUCAUUUUAAAUCAUUGAUGUUGAUUGAUCUCCCUAAUACUCAUUGUUUAUCUUCUGUAAUGCCUUCAUUGUGACAACGUUCGGCCAUCAUAAAGAACUGACAUAUUACUUUCAUUGCCUCCACAAACAUGCUGUACAGUGUCAAAAAUAACAUUACAGUCUGCCAUUUGGUGUCAAUAUCCACUGUUUAAAGGCAGCAUUUCUACAACAAACAAAAAAAUGUUCUUUUUGUAUGCAGACAAAGUUUUGUAGUACUUUCUAUCAGAGUAGCAUUCUCUGUGGACUUCACAUAGUGUAUGUAGCAGGUGCCAACUUGGGUGCCAACUUGGGGUGUCAACUCCUAAUUCUGUCAACUGGUGAUUCAGGGCCCUCCCCGGGUCUGGGGCCUCCUCACUGUGCCGUGUAGGGCCCUUCUCUCCUCCUCUGUCAUAGGGCCACACUGUCUGCUCCAUGGGGCCGUUCUACAGCUGCCUCCCCAUCUCCCUACUAAACCUGGCUUACAUAGCUACACAGUGGUUGUCUCAAUAAUUUGAACUCCUUUUCUCUAUGACCACUGAUCUGGUAGGACUUGACAGGUGGAAGCAAUAUGGUAAAAACCUAUCCAGUCUUUUAUCUAUCAAUGGUCAUGAAAGAUGAAGGGUGUGCUCAUUCAGAGUAGGAUGAAGUUGCCCCUAGAUGCUGAUAGUGGGUCACUUUUGCAUUUUCCCACUAAUGGUUAAAGAGCGGCUGAACUCACCGAUUCCAUAUGUUUCUCUGCUGCUAAUUAAGAAAAACGAGAUUUGAGUCUUGGGGUUGUUGUUCGAUGUGGGUGUGUUAUGUUCACUUUAUCGUACCCUUGCAGUUACUGUUGUUUGUCCCUCUUGAGUCACGAUAGCAACAAUAUAGCCACUAGCACUUCCUCAAAAUACAUAUUUCUAAGGUUUUGGUGCAGUAUUUCAAAAGUUAAAAGAUGUGUAUGAAAAAGUCAGUGGACUGCAGACAGUAUUGAGACAGCUGCUGCUGUCUGCGCUCAGGACUGAUUUCUGAGAACACGUCUACAACUCAUCAGCAAGCUGUUGAGCUAUCGUAAGUAAAGCACAAGCUGCUACACAGUGUUUAUCAGUGCCCCAAAUCACUAGCUAGAUAAGUUCCAUCUCUGUGUAUGUCAAUGAAGCUCGUUAGUAGUAGCAAGCAGGCACACAGAGCCGGCAGGCCACGAUAGCUAAAUCAGCUUAUCAAGCCGCUGGUGAGUGGUGACGUGACGUGCUUCGGUGACAAUUAGUUUUUUACAACUUUCUCACUAUCUAUUACCACAGUGUGGGUCUGGCAGUCUGUUUAUCUGGCAGUGUUUCAUAGGGAAUCACGUUACAAAACAGGUCGCGGCUGGACACAAGACUCUCGAGAACGGGUUUUAAUAUUCACAAGUGGCAGUUGAGAUGCAAGUGCGCAUCAUCUCAAUGUCUUUUUUCCCAAAACACUUGCAGACACUAUGAAACACAUCAGAAAACAGCCACUCUUUAAAGGGCUUUGGGGCCAAGUCUUCUUUCAACAUAACAUUGCUGAUGUCUUGUCUUAUGUGAACCAGUCUGAGUCCGAGGCUCUGCAUAAUGGACAGCGUUGUCUCACUGUCUGGAGGUUCACUGCUAUGAUUGGACAGAUCUCCCUAGGUGUUACCAUCCUGUGGGCAUGUAAUCCAAACCAAACGCUGUUGUAAUUUGUGACAACCUCAGUUACACAAAUCUCACAAAAUUCAGUUUUGGAAUAUACUGACCCAAAUGAUUCUACUUACACUUUUUAAUCAAGUGGCACUGGAAUAAAUGUUUCUGACUAAUAUCGAUGCUGCACAGAGAAGUCGUUUUUUUGCGUUCAGUUGCCCUUUGAGGUUAGGAUUGGGAAGGGGAAACUUCACCGCGGAGCGUUUCAUUCCUAAAAGGUUCCAUCCCCAGAAAAUAAAAUGCAAAAUACAAAGGUUGAUGUUUCUGAAAAUAUUUGUGCUGUACAAGAAUGAAUGAAAGUAGGAUUUAUGAGUAAUUUAAAGAAACCAUUUAGGAACAAUAGAGGGGGUUCCAUGUGUUGGUUUUGCUUGUCAUUUUCUACCUGCUAGAUUCAGUGGUACAACGUGUAAUGGUUGAACAAUAAUUUGGAAGAUUUAUCAGAAAAUAUCCAAUUGUAUUUUCCCCCCAAAAAUGAGGUAAUAUAAUUUAUUUGACAUUGAUGCAAGGUUUUACAAAAAAAUAUAUAAUAAAUAAAACUCAUAACUAUU